CUGCAACUCCCAGAGUGCAGCGCAGGGCUUCCGGCUUCCGGCGAGUGGACCGGAGUGUGUUUACACCGGCGGCUCUGCGGCCGGAUUCCUUCCGCGGGACGGGGAGAAAGAGAGAGCGCGAAAGAGAGAGGAUGUCUCUCUCAGAUUGGCACCUGGCGGUGAAGCUGGCUGACCAGCCACUUGCCCCAAAGUCUAUUCUCCAGUUGCCAGAGUCUGAGCUGGGUGAAUACUCUCUUGGGGGCUACAGUAUUUCAUUUCUGAAACAGCUCAUUGCUGGCAAACUCCAGGAGUCGGUUCCAGACCCUGAGCUGAUUGAUCUGAUAUACUGUGGCCGGAAGCUUAAAGAUGACCAGACCCUUGACUUCUACGGCAUUCAACCUGGCUCCACAGUCCAUGUUCUGCGGAAGUCCUGGCCCGAGCCUGAUCAGAAACCAGAACCUGUGGACAAAGUGGCUGCCCUGAGGGAGUUCCGGGUGCUGCAUACCGCCCUGCACAGCAGCUCGUCCUACAGGGAGGCGGUCUUCAAGAUGCUCGGCAAUAAGGAGUCUCUGGAUCAGAUCAUUGUGGCCACGCCGGGCCUCAGCAGUGACCCUAUUGCUCUUGGUGUUCUCCAGGACAAGGACCUCUUCUCUGUCUUUGCUGAUCCCAGCAUGCUUGAUACGUUGGUGCCUGCUCACCCAGCCCUGGUCAAUGCCAUCGUCCUGGUCCUGCACUCGGUGGCUGGCAGCACCCCGCUGCCAGGAGCCGACUCCUCUUCACGGAGCGCACCCUCCAGCUCAUAUCGGGACAUGCCCGGUGGCUUCCUGUUCGAAGGGCUCUCUGAUGACGAGGACGACUUUCACCCAAGCUCCAGGUCCACGCCCUCUAGCAGCACACCCAGCUCACGCCCAGCCUCCUUGGGGUACAGUGGAGCUGCCGGCCCCCGGCCCAUCACCCAGAGUGAGCUGGCCACCGCCCUAGCCCUGGCCAGCACUCCGGAGAGCAGCUCUCACACACCGACUCCUGGCACCCAGGGCCAUUCCUCGGGGACCUCGCCGAUGUCUUCUGGGGUCCAGUCAGGGACGCCCAUCACCAACGAUCUCUUCAGCCAAGCCCUACAGCAUGCUCUUCAGGCCUCGGGGCAACCCAGCCUUCAGAGCCAGUGGCAGCCUCAGCUGCAGCAGCUACGUGACAUGGGCAUCCAGGACGACGAGCUGAGCCUGCGAGCCCUGCAGGCCACGGGCGGUGACAUCCAGGCGGCCCUGGAGCUCAUCUUUGCCGGUGGAGCCCCAUGAACUCCUGUUCCUUCUCACCCCCCAGCAAACUGCCAAGGUGGCUGCCCCCGGGAGACACCCUGAAGGUGCCUCAUCUCUCCUCUCCCCAAUACAUCUGAUGGUUGACCUUCUGCCUUGUCCGUUGCGUGGCCUAUCUGGCUGACUUGAGCUGGUGGAGGCAGGGGGGCAAGCAGGGCGUGUGGGUCUUGGUGUGUGGCUCGGCCCUGCUUCUGAGCUUUGGGUGGAAAAUUUGUAGUCAUAGGAUGUUGUGUGAUGCCCAGACUCUGUUUUGGGAGAAGUUUCCCAUGCUAGCCCCAGACCCUUUAGUACUUGGGGUGUGGCAGCCUCACGACAUGCCCCAGGUUGGAGCAAGGCUGCCACCCAGUGUCCAGGGUGGCUGCUGUGUGGCCGCUAUGGCCAGAAGAGGCGUGGCUUCUGACAUGACCCCAGGCUGGGGAUUAGCCAGGGCUACUUUUACUGGGAGCAGGUAGGGCAGCUUGCCUUCCCACAUGCUUCUAGAAGAUUCUGCCUCCCUCCCCUGGCCUCAUCUCCUCAGGCAGUCUUUGCCACUGAUGCUGUAAUGACUCCAGAGCCAGACUGCAGGCCUCAGAGCUUUGCCAGAAGGCAGGGCCCUCUUCUCUGUCCUGAAGGCAUAAAUACAAGAGCAGUUAAAUAACAAUACUAAACAACAACACCAACACGAACAGGGCUCAGCUUUCAUCUUGAAGAGAGGGCACCAACCCCCAAGCUGCUGCUCCAUCUGCCUGAGCUCUCGUUCCCCUUGGCACAGUGUUCCCUACCGCGUCGCAGACACGUCCAAGUUGAGCGAGUGGGUUUCGUGUGCUUUGAAUACUUUGUCACAUCCUUCCCCUCAGAUGGUGUUUCAGUGGAAAGGAGCGCAGGGGUCUGCUCCUGCCCUGGGCCUUUGGCAGACGUUCUGUCCGCAGCAUCCGCAGUCAUGGUCAUUCAGUCGCUUCCUGCGACGAGAGGUGUCCCCGCUCCUAAGGAUUGCCUCUUCUGUCCUUUGUUUCUCCGAGCGUUUGGCCUUUAGUCCCCAGUCCCUCUGGUCUGCUAAUGGGGCUCUGGUGAGGGAGACAAAUGGAAAGUCACUUGGCCCUUUGGCUUAUGCUAGUGUUGGCGCGUGCUGUUCUCUCUGCAUGCUUUCCGGUUUAUCAGUGAUGCUCUUAAAGGAGGUACUCAGGGGGGACCCAUGGUUCCAGAUAUGGCCUCAAUAGCACAUUGUUCUUUCCCUCCUCCAGAAAAUGUGAAGUCUUGUGGCCUUCCCCUCUCUGUUCUAGUUGAGAAGUGUUCGCAUUGGCUGCAAAGUCUCGGAACUCACCCCGGUUUCUUGGUGCCGGGCCUCUUUGUGCCUCAGUGGUCUGCUUGGAGCCCAUCUGCCUCCUUGUGCUUGGGAACAAAGCUCUGUCUUUGCACGCGGUGUCCCUGGCUCGUUUGUGGUGGAAACAAAGGCCAUUUCCAUCCUCGUGGGACCACUUGGUCAAUGGGCCUGACACAGCCUUACCUCUCCCCACGCUACUGCCUGCCUAGAGCUAGUUUCAUUCUGUGGCAAGUCAUACUCUGACCCUGGGGACUGCCUUCAGAGGUGCUGGAGCUCCCCCACCCCUUUAUGCUGUGAGACAUUUGGGUAACCCUGUUCUGUCCCUGGAGCUGACCCCGAAAUACCAGUUGUAGGGCUUCCCAGAAUUGAACUGUUUCCACGAUUUCCCUUUCCCUUCUUUGUCAGCUCUUUCCUCCAGGGUCUUGGCAAGUUGGCUUUGCUUCCUUUGGCCACAUUUUAAAUAAUAUAUGUUGAGUCUGAUAAGUGCUGCGACGGAGUCUGGGGCUUUCCGUGGGCCAAGGCCUCCUUCCUCAUCAUUGUUCCUUCCACACUUUCAACAAACAUUUAUCCAGCCUCUGCUCUGUGCCAGGUAAACCUGACGGGGUCCUUGCUGUCACAGAGCCACGUCACUGGGAAGACAGAAAAACAGAGGUUUACACUAAGGCCUGGGGAGAGCUGGUGAGGCAGGUCCCCUGGGCUUGGGGCUCCUAGGACGGGGAGCUCACUUGGGUUAGGGUGGGGAUAUGUGUGUGAGGGAGAGCUGCUUGGAGAGAGUAGUGCCUGACCUAGAGCUGAGGGGGAGGAGGAACUGGGCGCCAAGGAGUACGUUUUGAGUGGGCUGGAGUGGGAAGAACAGGGGUCCUAUGGCCCUAUGUGGUGGUGGAUUUUGAGGCAGGCAGAGGCUGGGUCAUUUUGUAAGCCACGUCAUAGGGAGUUUGGACUUCUCUGAAGGACACUGGGGCAUUGUGGGAGAUUUCGAAUCAGGGUAGAGUGAGCUUUGCAUUUUAGAGAGGUGACUGGCAGCUGUAUGUGAACAGGUGGGGAGUAGGGCAGACUUGCAGGAGGGAGGCCAGUGAGGAAGCUGUGAUCCACUUAGCACUGACCAUGGGUUCACCGGGCAGUGUGGCGGUGUGAGGGGAGGGCAGGUGGAGAGCCAAUUAACAGCAAGGAAUCAUCAUUCAUACGGCAUCUUGGGAAAGGGGAACAUACUUAAUUACCCCCAGUUAUCAGAUGGGGACACCGGGGUUGAGAAGUGAGGUCAUCUGUCCACAGUCUCAGUUAAGCAUUGGGCAGGUUGGCCUUGGGAACUCAGGUCUGUCUUAUUCCAAAGCUGGUGUACCUCCCACUGCUGCCCCUGGCUGGUGAGUGAGUGUGUGUUUGUGUGUGUUGGUAGCGGGGGAGGUGCUGCAGGGUCUGACCAGGCUGAGGAGCUUGGGCUUUCUCCUGACACCAGAGAGCUCCUUGGAUGGCUUUAGGCAGGGCAGUGGGGGAGCCAGAUUCUUGUGAGGUAACCUGACAGCUGCGUGGAGGCUGGAUUUGUGGGAAGUGAGAUUGGCAGUAGGAGACCAGCUAGGAGGCUUGCUGCCUGCAGAUGGGACUCAAGUGGGGGCCUCGAGGAGAGCCGCAGCAGGGGGGCUGAGUGGCGGGGAGGGAAGGGAGAUGUGAAA